GUCUCAUUCUCCACCUCACACCUUGAAUCUACCUCAACAAAUAACUAUAUCUACAAGACCUUGUUUUCCGCGCAGGAUCGAACGAAUUUGAUAGCUCUGGUACUUUCGCUAAUGGUCCCCCGAGAGCUUGUCCACAAGUGGAAGUAGCCUGGAAUCUUUGCGCUGCGGCGCGUAGUUUUCGACGGCGUACCGCUUUACGAGGAUGCAGUUCAUAUACCUCACGUCCUUACGGGCGCGUAGAUCCGCGGUCCUCACACAACUCGCUCUUUUACUCAUGAUGUGCGCCCCGAUCACCCAAGCACAAUUCGCAUAUGCCGCCGAGCUGGACUCGAUACUUAACCAAGACCAUAAUCACCAUCGGAUAGCUGAACCGCAACUCAAUCUGCAAGGGGAUGGUGUGGAGGUCGGAGACAAGAGCAAUGAUAUGUAUGAGGCAGAAUUCUUGGGGCUGAACAGAUGGAUAACAGGCCGACAAGAUAAGAGACAGGCCAGUGGUCUAACCAAUAAUCUGGGUUAUGAUACGUCUGUGGAGCCAGGUAGCAGCAUAUUCUUCCAAUUUGGCACGGCUGAAGCUGAGGCCUCGGAUGUCUAUGUCACUGUGAAUACUUGCUCUCAGCCAGUUGCGAAUAGCACAUCCAGUGCGGAGGCGCCGCAGCUGACUCUUUACCUCUCAACUGAUGAGAGUAACACGACGCCGGGUCCAACGAACACAGCCAACAGCGAAAUGAGGGCAUUCGACCAAGGCUUUGUGAGCUAUAACGUUUCUUCGCAGAAGAUAGUGUAUAUCGGCAUCAGCGCCCCAGAGCGACCAGACGGGAUGGAGGGAGGAUAUACUGUCUCUGUGGGAGCUUCACGAGACGCCCCCUAUCACUCGUGGUCGGAUCAGGAGUAUCCAUGGGCUGUAAUGGACACGGAUUCCAAAGCUGCGCUAUUCAUUACGAACACAACGGACGUAGCGGAUUGGCGCCAGUUUGAAGAUGGUAACCCCCCUUAUACCGUCUAUCCGAUGCCGAGUAACUCGUCUCUUGUGACGGGCAUGGAGAAGUCAUACUGUGCCAUUCGAGAUGCAUCAAUAAAGACUUUGAAUCUCAACAUUACAACGGCUACAACAUUUCGCGGGUCGAAAAACCGCACGCCCCAGCAGCAAGUUUUUGUGCAGGGGCUCAACUCAAGUUCCAGCUUCGUAGGAUAUUGGGCCCGCAAAGGCAAUAGUCAAUCAGAUGAUGUUGCGGUGCCGGUAAUAGGAGGCGGUGGCACAGUAUGGCCCAGCAAGACAUUUGAGACGAAGCCAGAUGGAAACUGCCAAAUCAUAUUUGGACUUUCUUUUUGCUCGGAGGUUGCAUACGCCGUCCCCACUAAUCCCAACUCAUUCAAUGCGACUUCUUUGGCGCAGCUCUACGAUGAUACUGCGAAGAACUUAUAUACUGGAUUCAACUACUCUCUACAGCAAACGCCAUGUGAGGCACGUGUCACGGAUCAAUACUCGCUAGCUCGAAAUUGCACAGAUUGCGCCAACGACUACAAGCAUUGGCUUUGUGCAGUCACGAUCCCACGCUGUUACGACCUGUACAGCUCAAUCGGAUUUUUGCAACCUCGCAGCCUCGGCUAUAACUUCUUCAACGGAACUCCGAUCGCUGCCGACAGCCCCUAUUCAAACCAGACUUUAAAAGACAGAAUCGCGACAAAUAGCUCGAGGAAUGCCAUGAUUGAUGACCAGAUCAAGCCGGGCCCGUACAAAGAGUUGCUUCCUUGUCGGGAUCUUUGCUACGCCCUCGUACGAAGCUGUCCAGCCAAAAUGGGCUUCGGCUGUCCGACUGAAGGAAAGAUGAUGUCUCAGAGCUAUGGGCUCGACGACCAGUGCAACGAUCCGCUAUCGAUCUUCGUCCUCAACUCCGGGAUUGAACUGCACGCGAAGACUGUAACUGCACUCGCUUCUACGCUCAUAACCACAGCCCUAAUAUUUUGCAUAUAAAGCGUCAGGUUCCGGUGUUGCUUGGAGUUUAUAGGUUUACGAGAGGCAUGCCUGGGAUUUUGCAUUUUACAAUGGCGCAUCGGGGCCUAGAUUCCAGAUGUCCAUACUAUGGCGAGAAUC